AUGAAGACUCAAAAAGCUGCGUUCUUCGUGCUCGUCUGUGGUGCCCCUGCCGCGCUGUGCCCAAAGAUCUUCAACCCCCAGUGCGGCAUCAAUGGCGUGACAUACCCCAAUGCUUGCGAACGCGAAUGCGCAUCCACUUCUUUGGCACACCCUGGUGUAUGCACUCCUGAAGAGGAGUGCGUCGGCGACUGCGAGUGGACGUUCAACCCUGUUUGCGACGACAAGGGAAAGACCUGGGGGAACAUGUGCGAGCUCGGUUGCGGCGGAAAUGGUGCCGCCCAUCCCGGUCCGUGCACUCUAGAAGAGGCAAAGGCCGGCUUGGCUCCACUUGGUUGGACAGGCCCGAGCUUGAAGGAUCUGAACAAGUGGGAGACUGUCGCUGCAGUCCUCCGAUCGGGAGAACCCCGGGUUUGCGAAUGCCCAGCUGUCCCUGCCUACGUCUGCGGCAUGGACAAGAAGACCUAUAGAAAUCAAUGCGUGCGAGACUGCCAUGACGCGAGGGAGUUCCACAACGGCCCUUGCGGAGAAGCAGAUAUUCCGUCAAAGCGCGAAGGCGUCGUGAACAAAGAGUGCCGCUGCCCCCGAAACAUCUCUCCUGUCUGCGGCAUUGACGGCCAGACAUACCAAAACUCCUGCUUUCUUGACUGCUAUGGUGUCGCCCAGCUCCAUGACGGUACUUGCUGGAGCAAGUUGAACAAGGAGUCUGAGCUAUCUUAA